AUGAAGGAAAGUGUUGAAGGCUUAUCUGCGUUUACGUUUGCAUUGCCAAUUUCAAGUGUGUCCAAGAGCAAUGCAGAACAUGAGCGAGACGAGUCUGACCUUACAGAAUAUUUAGAGGAAGUCGAAAUAGAGAUACAAGAGUCUCAAAUAAGUCCACUUGUUACAGUCGACGAGCCAUCGCCUCCACCACCGCCAGUAAAUGUAGCUCCAGAAAAGAGACCUACUGUAAAGAAGCCGAAAGCAUCCUCCGACCUUCUUGAAGCUGAACUAAAGACUCAGCAAGCCUUACUAGAAAAAGUUACUGGAGCAGUUACGAGUUUAACCGAACAUCACGAAGAGCAGAAAAGGCACUUCCGAGAAAUGGAGUGGCUUAAAAGAGAAGAAAUAACUGAAAUGCGGCGGCACAAUAACCUCAUGGAGCACUUACUGAAGAUAAAAACGUAAAGUAUUUAGUUUAAUUAUUAUUUUUAUACAAUUUUCUAGUGUUUUGAACGCAUGUACAUAUAUAUGUGUAACUUCUUUUAAUUAUUACUAAUUUCUCACAGAAGUAUCGUAACAGCUUUCAUUAUUCCAUCCAUGAUAUUUUAAAGUCAUGAAAAAACUCUCGCGGUCAAUUUUAUAUAUUUAAUUUUUAUUUUUACGAAACGAUACUUUGAUUUCCCAAUACCAGGCGCUCAUGCAUAUGAAGUAGCAAGUUUUCUAUACGCAUA